UGUCAAUUUUUCACCCUAACCUCAACAAAACAAAAAAUCCGGUUCCAAUUAAACAAAUUGCCGAAAAUUAAAAUCCAAGAAAAUUAACAAUAUUUAAAUAAAGAAUGCGUACAAAAACAGAUCCCUCUCAUGUUGUCAAUUUGUCCGAACAAAUUUAUGGCUUUGAAAUUUGUGGCAAUGAUUUUGCAUUCAAUUUAGUUUGUGUUGCUGUUGCAAAAAAAAUCAUCCUCGGUCUUUUGCGAUUUCCAGAAGAAACUGAAACAGAAAUCUUUGGUUGGGAACGUUUGAAAGACAUCUAUCAUGAAUCCCGAUGCCAUGCAAUUGCAUUCGCGCCAAAAACUUCACUCGCAGUCGUACCCAAAGUUGUCACUCUCUGUGCAGCUGGAGCUGACUUCAAUUUACGUAUCUUCAGAACAGAUUUGGACCAAAAUGAUACUGUUCAAAUUUUAAAAGGUCACACAAAUUAUGUAAAUGAUAUUGCAUGGGAGCAUGAUGAAGAGUUUCUUGCCUCCGUGAGUGACGAUCAUUCAUGCAAGAUAUGGAGUUCAGCUCAUAAUUUCGAAACUGUUACAACAUUCUGUCUUUCAUCGGCUGGCAUGUCAGUUCGUUGGCAUCCCGAUGAACCAGGCAAAGUGUUGGUAGCCGAAAAGAAGGGAAUCAUUCAUUUGUACAAUGUUCGAUCACAACAAGCUAUUAUGUCUUUGGAAUCACCGAAAGUUCCUUUGAUGAGUGCCGAUUGGUCGUUGCACAAUCGCCUGUUUGUGACAGCGUUAGCUGGAGGAGAUGUCAUCACUUGGGACCUCCGACGGACAUGUGGACCAGCUGAUGUAAAACAAAUCCAUGAAGAUGGAGGUCGUGUCGUGAGAUUUUCACCAAACAGCGAAGUAGUCUAUGCCAGUAUUGGUCGACCUGACAUCACUCUGAAAGUAUACACUGCCAAAUCAACAGUUCCACUUAUUGAAUCAUCACUUAAACUAUUUGGUGGAUUGUCGUGGCAUCAUCGAUUGCCUUAUGUUGCAGCAGCUUAUGAUAGGAAGUUGUGUUUCUGGAAAGUACAGAUUAAGUAGAACUUUGUCUUUUUUUGUCAUUAUUUGUUUGAAUAAGUAUUUUCUAAAAAUAAAAAAAAUUGUUAUAAUAAAUUAAAUCAAAUCAAUAGAAG